AUGUUUUUGACCAUGAAAGCUCUCAAGUUUUCUGUUCUUGCUUGCGUCUUAUCCUCUGCCAUUGUUGCAUUUGACAAUGCACAAAUCAUUGAUUCGAGAUUGAUUUUGCUUGAUGCAACUUUGAUUUUAAGUGUCGCUCUUACCAUGUUGAGUUAUGCCAAGUUCAGCACUUACCGUCGCCAACCUUUCAGCAAAUGGUGGUGGACGUGGCUUUUGGCAACCGGUGUUUCUUUAUCGUGUGUUAUCUCCACAAAAUAUGUGGGUGUAUUCACUUAUUUCACCAUUGGUUUAGGGGUGUUACACGAGUUGUGGAUCUUGCUUGACAUUAAGAAAGGUCUUACCAUGGAAGAGUUCACGCAGCAUUUCCUUGCUCGUUUCUUCACCUUGAUUGUGUUCCCAUUCUGCAUCUACUUAUUUUGGUUUUAUUUACACUUUGCUAUCCUCACAAGAUCAGGUCCUGGCGAUGCCUUCAUGUCGGCAGACUUCCAAGAAUCUUUGCAGGAAUCUCCUUUGGCCAAGGAAUCUAAGAAUGUCAAUUACUAUGACAUGAUCACAAUCAAGCAUAAAGACACCGAGUCCUAUUUGCACUCGCAUGAGUUCAAAUAUCCAUUGCGGUACGAAUCUGGUAGAAUUUCCUCUAACCAACAACAAGUGACAUGCAUUGUUGACAAGGAAGGUAAUGCAAUCGCCGAUGCCAAUAGCCACUGGGAAAUUAUUCCAACCACAGAUGCUAAAAAGGGAGAUGGUGUUUUCACUAACGACAUUGUCCGUUUUAGACACGUUGGUACGGGAGGGUACUUGUUGACCCAUGAUGUCGCUUCUCCAUUGAGAGCUACCAACGAAGAAUUCAUUGUGGUGCAUGAUGAAGCAGCGCAAAACAGGUACAAUGAAACAUUGUUCCGCUUACGUCUUGCUGAACCUGGCAAAAGCAACCAAAAUAAGCGAGUUCAAGUGAAGACUUUGGGGACUGUGUUAAGAAUUCUUCACAUGGAUACUGUAGUGGCAAUGUGGACUCACAAUGAUGAGUUGUUACCCGAAUGGGGCUUGGGCCAACAAGAGGUUAGCGGAAACAAAAAAGUGCAAGAUAAGGACAACAUAUGGACAUUUGAACGCAUUGUUAACAUGGACCCUACAGACGUAAGGCAACACUAUAUUCCUAAGACAGUCAAGCACAUCCCAUUCUUGAAGAAGUGGUGGGAGUUGCAAGGCUUAAUGUUCAUGCACAACAAUCUCUUGUCGUCAGAACAUCCGUUUGCUUCUCAGCCAGACGCAUGGCCGCUUUCCUUUUCUGGUGUCUCCUUCUGGAACGACAAUGAUCUUAGACAGCAGAUUUACUUUAUUGGAAACGUUGUUGGUUUUUGGCUCGAGGCCGGUUUCUUGGCUAUAUUUGUUGGCUUUGUGUUAGCUGAUCUCGUCACCACUCGCCGGGCUGUGAACAUCUUGAACCAUCAAUCGAGAUCUAGAAUGUACAACACAUUGGGCUUCUUGUUCGUGGGUUGGGCGGCUCACUACUUCCCGUUCUACUUGAUGAACAGGCAAAAAUUCUUACACCAUUACUUGCCAGCGCAUUUGAUUGCUGCUUUGUUUACUGGUGGUUUCGUGGAGUUCAUUUGCACCAAUAAGGGCUUCACAAACAGCAAUGGCGUUCCUCCACUUGGUUUGCAAAAGAGGAAACUUCUCCUCUCCACUGCUGCUAUUAUUGUCGCCUUAGUUUGGUAUCUUUUGGUUCAUGAGAGCCACCACUUAUGGUAA